AUGCAUUUCGUGCUGGUGCAGCAGGAGCAGCAGCAGGAGGAUCAGCAGCAGCAGCAGCAGCAACAACAGCAGCAACAACAGCAACAGAAGGAGAAGGAAGAGGAGGAAGCGGCGGUCGGUAUGAUGGGUCUUGUUGUAUACGUUGCUGCGUCUCAGCAGCAAAACAAAGCCCCAGCAGCAGCAGCAGCAGCAGCAGCAGCGGGAGCAGCAGCAGCAGCAGCAGCAGCAGCAGAAGCGUAUAUCCACACGACAGAGAACAACCCGCGACACAGCAGCGCACUGCUGCUGCAGAAAGCAGCAGCAGCAACAACAGCAGCAACAGCAGCAGCAGGGAAGGCUACAGCGGCGUUUCUCCCCAUUCAGUGGCAGCAAACGCUGCAGCAGCAGAAGCAGCAGGGGAGGCAGCCGCAGCCCCCAUGCUGCAGCAAGCUACAGGCUCUACUGAAGCAGCAGCAGCAGCAGCAGCAGCAGCAGCAGCAACGGGGUCUGCUGCGGAGGAUUCAUCAGGAGAGGAGAAGGAUACAGGUGCAGCAGCAGCAGCUGCUGCUACGCCAGCAGCAGCAGCAGCUGCUGCCUCACCUGUAUCUACAGGCGCUGCUCCUGCUGCAGGGCCUUCCGCUGCUGCUGCAGCAGCAGCACCAUCAGCAGCAGCAGGAACAACAGCAGCAGCAGGAACAACAGCAGCAACAAGUGCUGAUGUACUAA